AUGAGUAAUUCAUCCGGAGGUGGUCAUCAAGAUGGAAAAGAAUAUGAGACAGAUCAAGUGUUUGUGUCCAAUCUUCAUCCCUCUGUGACAGAAGAGGCCAUCAAAGAGCGUUUUGGUUCUAUCGGUAUUAUAAAGACUGACAAGAGGACUGGCACCCCAAAAAUCUGGAUAUACAGGCAUCCUGAUGGUACCCCUAAGGGAGAUGCUACAGUCACUUAUGAUGAUCCCCCAACUGCCUCCGCAGCUAUUGAGUGGUUUAAUGGUAAGGAUUUCCUUGGGCAGCCGAUCAAAGUCGAAUUUGCAGAGAAGAGAGUUCCCAAAGGAGGCUUUGGUCGAGGUGGAGGACGAGGAGGUGGACGCGGUGGACGUGGAGGGGGUGGUUUCGGUGGUGGUGACCGAAGGGGUGGCCGGGAUGAUAGCCGUGGUGGUGGAGGUGGAGCAGGGGGAGGAAACCAGGGCAAAUUAGAGGCUCGUGCUGGAGACUGGGACUGCUCGUCGUGUGGAAACAUGAAUUUUGCCAGGAGGGAUACUUGCAACAGAUGCCAGACCCCACGAUCUGGUGACGGUGGUGAUGGUGGUGGUGGUGGUGGUGGAUAUGGAGGAAGAAGUGGUGGCGGAGGAGGAGGUAGAGGAGGCUGGGGUGGAGGUAGAGGAGGUGGUGGCCGCGGUGGAGGACGUGGCGACAGAAGAGGAGGGCCAGGUGGGCGUGGUGGUGGUGGACGAGGUGGCUACGACAGACAAGGCAUGAGACAGGAGCGAAGAGAUCGCCCGUACUGAUGAGCCUCUUAGUUCACUUAGAUCCAAAGCAAACCACAUAGAUUGAAACCCUUAUUUUAUCUUACGUUAUCGAAUAAGAAUGUUUUCCAUAGCAAAACACUGUAUUGACUGUUAAGCUUAUAAAUUAUUUGUUUUUCCUGUAUUGUAAAAUUUUACCAUCAAAAUAAAAGUUUGUGUUCUGUCAUGACCCUGUAA